AUGCCGCCGUUCGUCGCGGACGAAGGGCCGGGCGCGGCCGCGGAGGAGGACGCGGAGCUUCAGGAGGUGCUGCGGCUCUCCAUGCGCGAGUUCGAGAGCGCGCGGCGGGACGCGCCGCCGCCCGGCGCGAGUCUGCAUGCGCUGCCUCCGCCGCCGGCGCCUGAGGCUGCGCUCGAACUCGGCGAAGACGACGAGCUCCAGCGAGCCAUUCAAGAGUCGCUGCUGACUGCUGCAGCGGCCGCGCGCUCUCCCGGGGCAGGCGGGUCGUCUUCGUCGUCUCGCCCAGUGCUGCCUUCGCUAGACACGGCUAGCGCAGCUAGCCAAGGCACGCUUCACGACUUGUCGUGGUACGGCCAGCACUCGCCGUCCUGUGCCGCGACUGCGACGGGCGCGGCGCUUCCGUUUGGCGCCUCGCUGGCCCCGGACGACGACAUCUCCGACCUCCUCCUGCCGCGCGCGGCCUUAAGUCAGAAGAAACCGGGGGACCGCUGCCGCCCGCCGGCCUCGUGGCAAAGAGAAGAGGAGGAAGAAGUUUCCUCGUUUCGCUCGCAACUUCUGCCGGAGAGUCUUCUUUUCGGUUACCCCCCACUUCCCCCUGCCUCCUCUUCCUCCUCCUCCGCGGCCUCGGCCGCCUCCGCCUCCUCAGGGCGCGCCGGCUGGUGUCUCCGGUGCGGGGUGUCUCUGGUAUCUCCGUUGGAACCCAACGCGCCCGAAAGGCCGCAGCGUGGCCGGGGCCAGGGCCGCGAAGCGGGGCGAGAGGGCGACCGGGGCAGGCCCGCGUCCCCGGUGUCGCCGGCGCGGCUCGCGUCGGGCGAGCCGCAGGGGGCGGCGCGAUCUGGGUCGCCCUUCAGCGAGGCCAGCACCGACAACGAUGAGCACUGGGGAGCAGAGAGGGGCGAGGGCCGCGGACGCAGGCGGGAUUUGUCGAUUCCAAACGUUCGUCUGUGCGCCACCUGCCACCACCAGGCCUGCGUGCGCAGCGCAGUCCGCAGGCUGCUGCCGAGAAACUUCAACGAAGACGCGAAAGGCGCUCCAGACACGCCUGAACUCCGUCAGCAACUCCUCAGCUCGCUGGAGCCCCUGGAGCGCGCCGAGGUCGAGCGGCUUGUCAAGCGCGUCUUCGGCCUCGGGCCCAACCGGGCAAUCGGCGCGGAAGAUAUUGCGCGCUGGUUCAGCCAUCCGUUUGUCUUCGCGGCCGAGGCGGCGCCAGGCUCCUCCUCGCCGCUCGUGUCCCCCUCUCCGGCCGCCCCCCCGCCGGAGGGCCGCGACGUGGUGUGUCCGUGGGGCCUCGUGCAGCUGCAUGGAGGUCCCUGCGGUCUCCUGGCCUCCGUGCAGUGCUUCGUCCUGCGUGCCCUGCUGUUUGCGCCUUCGCGCGCGACGCGCUACAGCGGCCUGCUGAGCUCAACGGCGUCUGCGGCGUCGGGCGGGGGUCGGGGCGCGCGCUUGAAUGCGGAGUGCGCCAACUUGUUCCCCUCGGCGUUGGCGCGGGGCCACGCGCUGGUGGAGGCGCUCGCGGCGAUCUUGUUUCAGGCCGCUGAGAAGUCGCACUACGUGGUGGCGCUCGCGGGCCUGCAGGAUGUCGAGGCGGCGAGUCCCCUCGUGGGCGCGGCGCGCGCGGGGCUGGAGGACUUGGGCGGCGAGCGCGGCCGCCGCCGGGAAGACCCGGACGAGAUCCUCACCUCCUGCGUCGAGGUCUUUGUCAAGGAAUUCGACAACAUCCAGCAAGUCAUGGAGUUCUACUGGAAGUUCUACAAACUACUCAUCCACGCCCCCGCCGCCGUCCUCUCCUUCCUCCUCUCUGUCGUCCUCACGCGCGGCAUACAAAAAGUUCAGGCCGACGCCGACACGCCGGAUCAUCCGCUGCUGGGGCUGUACGGGCACUGCAACCAAGAGUUGGUGAAUCUCCUUCUCCUGGGCGCGGGCACAAGCAACGUCUGGGACGGCGACAAGAACCUUGGCGCCGACGGCGACACGGGCGCGGAGACAGUUCUCGGCGGCGUGCGGAAGCGACCUCUCGUUGGAUUCCUCACAGAGAUGGAGGCCCUAAGGUACUGCGAAGUUGGAACGCGCUACAAGCAUCCGCACUAUCCGCUGUGGGUGCUGGGCAGCGGUAACCACUACACGACGCUCUUCUGCCGCGACAUCCUCGCCGCGGCGCUCUCAGCUACGUGUCAGGCCGAGAUGGAAGCUCAGGCCGCAUUCAAAGCGAUCGACCAAGAAAACAAUAUGUAUAUCCUCUCGCAGCAGCUGCGGCCUCUUCUCAAUCUCCUCGGGCAGGCGCACAUGGAGGCCGAGGCGCGCGGCGCUAUGGGUGCAGCCGACGGUGUGGUGCUCUGGACUGAGUUCCUCGCGUGGUACACGCAGCUCGUCUCGGACGUGAAGGCGGCCAGAGGCGAACUCGGUGUGGAGGCGCCGCGGCGCUUUGCGGUGUAUUUUUACGACGGUCAGCGGCCUCCAGGGCCCUCCGUGCGCCGCUACCUUGUCGAGCUGCAGGACGUGGAUUUCCGCCACGCGCAGCCCGACGCCUUCGAGAUCGCGCGGCUCCUCUGGACCCGCUGGCCAGCGGCGAACGUCACGGAGGUGCCUCUGCUCCCUCUCACAGUGGAGUGA